GUGGCUUUGCCUGUUUUGGGUAUUUUGUGGGAAUGGACUCACGCUUGGGGGUGGGCCGGGCACCUUUCAAACGUUCAGCCCUCACGACGGCCCGUGGCCUCCGGAUUGGACGGCGCGAGCUGGGUGUGUGUAGGGCGCCCAAUCGCUCCGGAGAGUCUGGAGGGGGCAGGUGCAGGUGCGGGCGGCUGCAGCGCCGGGGCUGCAGGACGCUGGGGAGGCCCGGACGUGGUGCAGGAAGCCUCCGACCACGCCGGCUCCUGAUCGCGGGCUCCCACAGCGCGGACAUGGCGGGCUGGUGGCCGGCGUUGUCGCGCGCGGCCCGGCGCCACCCGUGGCCCACCAACGUGCUGCUCUACGGCUCGCUGGUCUCGGCAGCUGACGCGCUGCAGCAGCGGCUGCAGGGCGGCGAGGCCGAUUGGCGCCAGACACGCCGCGUGGCCACGUUGGUGGUGACCUUCCACGCCAACUUCAACUACGUGUGGCUGGGCCUGCUGGAGCGCGCGCUUCCGGGCCGCGCGCCGCGCGCCGUGCUGGCCAAGUUGCUGUGCGACCAGGUGGUCGGUGCGCCCAUCGCGGUCUCGGCCUUCUAUGUCGAGCGGACUGAUGUACUGGCCCUUUGUACAGCUGACCAACUUCAGCCUUGUUCCUGUUCAAUGGAGAACAGCUUACACUGGAGUCUGUGGUUUUCUCUGGGCCAUCUUCAUCUGUUUUUCCCAGCAGAGUGGUGAUGGCACAUUCAAGUCAGCUUUCACCAUUUUAUAUACAAAGGGGACCAGUGCCAUAGAAGGGUCCCCGGAGAAAUAAGAAGUCAAGGACUCUCUUAAAGGGACCACAUUUUUGAUCUAAAAUGCACAGAAUUGCCUGCAGACAAAAUAUUUGAUGUGCCAAUUAUGCACUUCAUUUUGAGGAAUUACUACUAUUUAUAGACCCACUUUUUAAAAAAUUAUCAAUGAUUAUUUUUGAAUUGUAUUCAGACAUUUUUUCCUGAUCUAGUCUGAAAUAUUUUCUCUAAUAUUUUGGUUAAUAUGAAUAACAGUGGCAAAAUGGCAUUUUAGACUUAUUAAUAUUUCUAAUAUUUUAACGCAAGUUUCAGGAAACUUGGUUUUGAUUGUUUACAUUUCUAUUCUAAAAUCUCAGGUUAUCUCCUGAACACUUUUGGGCAGAUGAACUUUUAUACCAAAAAAUAGUUCUUAUAGUGAAUUUUAAUUUACAUAAAACUCAAUCGAAAUGAAGAUUUAAUGACCAGAUUUCUUUCCCCAAAACAUACACAAUUUGUUAUUUUGAUACUAAAAUUUAGUGAAUACCUUUUUUUUUUUUUUUUUUGAGGUAGAGUCUCGCUGUCUCCCUGGCUGGAGUGCAGUGGCACGAUCUCGGCUCACUGCAGUCUCCACCCUCCUGGUUCAAGCCAUUCUCCUGCCUCAGGCUCCUCAGUAGCUGGGAUUACAGGCACGCGACAGCACACCCGGCUGAUUUUUCUAUUUUUGUUCGUUUGUUUUUGUUUUUGAGAGGGAGUCACGCUCCGUUGCCCAGGCUGGAGUGCAGUUGUGUGAUCUCGGUUCACUGCAAGCUCUGCCUCCCAGGUUCACGCCAUUCUCCUGCCUCAGCCUCCCGAGUAGCUGGGACUACAGGCACCUGCCACCAUGCCCGGCUAAUUUUUUGUAUUUUUAGUAGAGACGGGGUUUCACCACGUUAGCCAAGAUGGUCUCAAUCUCCUGACCUCGUGAUCUGCCCGCCUCGACCUCCCAAGGUGCUGGGAUUACAGGCGUGAGCCACUGUGCCCGGCCUAAUUUUUUGCAUUUUUAGUAGAGACAAAGUUUCACCAUGUUGGCCAGGAUGGUCUUGAUCUCCUGACUGCGUAAUCCACCUGCCUCGGCCUCCCAAAGUGCUGGGAUUACAGGCGUGAGCCACCGCAAACGACUUUUUUUUUUUUUUUUUUGAGACAGAGACUCGCUUUGUCACCCAGGCUGGAGUGCAGUGGCAUGAUUUUGGCUCACUGCUACCUCUGCCUCCUGGGUUCAAACGAUCCUACUGCUUCAUCCUUCGGAGUAGCUGGGAUUACAGGCGCGUGCCACCAUGCCUGGCUCAUUUUUGUAUUUUUAGUAGAGACGGCGUUUUGCCAUGUUGGCCAGGCUGGUCUCUGCCCGGCCUCUGAGCUCAAGCUAAGCCGUCAUAUCCCCAGUGACCUGCACGUAUACAUCCAGAUGGCCUGAAGCUACUGAAGAUCCACAGAAGUGAAAAUAGCCUUAACUGAUGACAUUCCACCGUUGCGAUUUGUUACUGCCCCACCCUAACUGAUCACUGUACUUUGUAAUCUCUCCCACCCUUAAGAAGGUUCUUUGUAAUUCUCCCCACCCUUGAGAAUGUACUUUGUGAGAUCCACCCCCUGCCUGCAAAACAUUGCUCCAAACUCCACCGCCUAUCCCAAAACCUAUAAGAACUAAUGAUAAUCCACCACCCUUUGCUGACUCCUUUUUUGGACUCAGCCUGCCUGCACCCAGGUGAAAUAAACAGGCUUGUUGCUCACACAAA